GACUAGACUACCGACUCGGGUAUCCAUUUCUGUCUUUCUCUCGCUUCGGGCCAAUGACGGCUUCCCGAGUCAAGCCUCAGCGCCUUGCAUGAGGUAGGAAACGUCUCCAGCCGGUGCCAGAUGGUUCCCUCCCUCUUUUUCCCCGUGCGUCUUUUCUGUGACCAGUGACCACGGCAUCUCCCCCGGAGAGACCCCGAUAUCCACAAUUUCCUUUUUCUUUUUUUUUUUUUACCCUUCUAAUUUUCCCGUUUUGUAGUUCCCUUGGCAGGUCCCAGUUGUUGACGGGGAGGGAGAUGAGGUUGUUUGGAUUGCCGGGCAAUAUAAGAACGCCCCGGGUUCCUCCCUUCCUUUGACUUUUUCUCUUCCCUUCCCUAUCCCUCUCUUCUUCCUUUUGUUUGUUUGUCUCUUCUUAUACUCUGGGGUAGAUAGACACAAUGGGUGUUCCCAAGUUCCUAUCCAAGCUGCAGCCCUCGGCUCAGGACAACUCCCAGUCCUCCACCCCAGCUCGGUCAGACUCGAAUGCCGAGAAGGAUACUGGCAUCAUCGACGACAGCCCUGUCAAGUAUCUGACAUGGCGGUCCUUCAUGCUGGGUAUCUGUGUGUCCAUGGGUGGUUUCAUCUUCGGUUACUCGACUGGUCAAAUCUCCGGUUUCACUACUAUGAACGACUUCAAGCAACGGUUCGGUGAGGACAUGGGCAACGGGGAGAUCGGUUUCAGUAACGUCCGGAAUGGUUUGAUUGUUGGUCUGCUCUCCAUUGGUACCAUGGUUGGAGCUCUAGUCGCCGCCCCCAUCGCAGACCGUAUCGGCCGUAAAUACUCCAUCUCGUUCUGGGCCGUCGUCCACAUGGUCGGCAUCAUCGUUCAAAUCGCCACAGACACCAAGUGGUACCAGAUCGCCGUGGGCCGUCUCGUCGCCGGUCUGGGUGUCGGUGCUCUCUCGUCCAUCGUCCCCAUGUAUCAGUCCGAGUCUGCACCCCGUCAGGUCCGUGGUGCCAUGGUCAGUGCCUUCCAGCUGUUCGUCGCCUUCGGUAUCUUCAUCUCCUACAUUGUCAACUACGGCACCCACAACAUCGCCUCGACUGCUUCGUGGCGUAUCACCAUGGGUGUUGGCUUUGCCUGGCCUCUCAUCCUGGGUAUUGGCACCCUGUUCCUGCCCGAGUCGCCUCGUUUCGCCUACGGCCGCGGCCGCUUCGAGGAAGCCCGCCGGGUCAUGUGCAAGCUGUACGGUGUCCCCUCGAACCACCGCUGCAUCGCCCAGGAGAUGCAAGACAUGAAGGAUAAGUUCGACGAGGAGCAGAGAGCCGGCAAGGCCCCAUGGCACGAGAUCUUCACUGGUCCUCGCAUGUUGCACCGUACCAUCCUUGGUAUCGUGCUUCAGUCGCUGCAGCAGAUGACCGGUGCCAACUUCAUCUUCUACUUCGGUAACAGUAUCUUCGGAACCAUCGGUCUGGACAGCUACAUCACCCAGAUUAUUCUUGGUGCUGUCAACUUUGGUAUGACCUUCCCUGGCCUGUACAUUGUUGAGCACAUGGGUCGUCGCAAGUCGCUCAUCCUCGGUGGUGCUUGGAUGUUUGUCUGUUUCAUGAUCUGGGCUUCGGUUGGUCACUACCAACUUGGUGUUAGCGACUCGGCUGGUAAUGUUAUGAUUGCCUUUACCUGUCUUUUCAUUGUCGGAUAUGCCACCACAUGGGGUCCCAUUGUGUGGGCUAUCUGCGGUGAGCUCUACCCAGCCCGCUACCGCGCCGUCUGCAUCGGAAUUGCAACCGCCUCCAACUGGACCUGGAACUUCCUCAUCUCUUUCUUCACGCCCUUCAUCUCCGGUGCCAUCGACUACGCCUACGGCUACGUCUUCGCCGGCUGCUGCUUCGUCGGCAUCUUCGUCGUGUACUUCUUCGUCAACGAGACCCAAGGCCGCACCCUCGAGGAAGUCGACACCAUGUACGUACUGCACGUCAAGCCCUGGAAGAGCUCUUCCUGGGUGCCCCCGGAGGGCAUUGUGCAUGAUAUGCACCCUCAUGGCGAUGAGAAUGAUAAGAGGGGUGAGGAGCAGCGGGAGGAGGCUGAGCCGACUGAAAUUAAGGAGUAGAUUCUCCGAUCCUUUUGGUGCUUUCGUUUUAAAAUUUGUUAAUGGGUUGCUAUGCAUAUAUGCGUAUAAGUAUGGGCUACGAUGGCCAUGUUAUGGUUUUUAUAUAUAUCAUCUUGAAGAUGUUGCAAUGAUGGCGUUGGGUUAGGAUACCAGUCAUAAUUCGAAUGUACACUAUUUCUACUCAAAUGUUCAAUGGUUUAUUCUAUGGUAUGUUAAAGUAUUAAAAUCUUUCAAGGGCGUAUUUGAAAACAAGUGUCCG